AUGCGUUUCCAGGCAACCGCGGGCCACGGCGUCACUUCCUGCCAUUUAAACUCGGGUCCCCACCCCUCGCUGCCCCUACUCUGCGCUUCAAGUCCCCCUCCCCUCGGUCGUGGGCUUCAUUCACGCUUCCCGGGGCUUGGGGAGGGGGCGGAGGCCCGGCGCGCCCAGCCGCCCGAGUCUGCUGGGCGCCGCGCGCACCUGUUGUUCGUAGAGCCCGCGACCCUCCGUCCAGCUCUCGGCCGGUGGCGGCUGCAGCGACCGCUGCACAGCCGGCCCGGUUACCUGGGAUAUCUAAUUAAAAAGGGACAAAGAAUGCUCUCGGAUGCUCGAAAAGAGACUGUCUUGCGCAUCCCAAAGCCUACAACUCCGAGACAGGUGCGGGACUUCCUCGGGUCAGCUGGAUUCUGCAGAUUGUGGAUCCCAGGUUUUGCAGAAAUGGCCAAGCCACUCUACGCGGCCACCAAAAACAAAGAGCCCUUCCGGUGGGAUGAGGAAGCCGAAAAGGCAUUCCUACAGAUAAAAAGGGCCCUCCUGUCAGCCCCUGCCCUAGGGCUACCAGACCUCUCUAAGCCUUUCCAUCUGUUCUUAGACGAACACAAAGGCAUAGCAAAGGCUGUUCUGACCCAAAGACUUGGACCCUGGCCCCGACCGGUAGCAUACCUCUCAAAGAAGUUAGACCCAUUAGACCCAGUGGCCGCAGGAUGGCCUCCUUGCCUACGGAUAAUAGCGGCAACUGCGCUAAUGGUCAAAGACGCAGAUAAACUGUCUCUAGGCCAAGAGCUACACGUCACCACCCCGCACGCCAUAGAAGGGGUACUCCAACAGCCUCCUGACAGGUGGAUGAGCAACUCAAGAAUGGUCCAUUACCAAGGGCUCCUUUUGAACCCGACUCCGAUCAUGUACACUCCUCCACGGGUCCUAAACCCCGCAACCUUGCUGCCAACUCCUGAUCUAGACACCCCACUUCACGAUUGUGUCAACAUCCUGGCUCAGGUACACGGAACGAGGGAAGACCUACGAGAUCAACCCUUGCCGGACACUGAGAUUACUUGGUUCACCGACGGGAGCAGCUUUAUCCACCAAGGACAGAGAUAUGCAGGGGCAGCUGUGACCUCAGAGACAGAGGUAAUCUGGGCAAGCGCUUUGCCACCAGGCACUUCUGCUCAGAAGGCUGAACUGAUUGCCCUGACGCAAGCCUUAAAUCUGGGGCGAGACAAAAAGCUAACUGUAUAUACAGACAGCCGUUAUGCCUUUGCAACAGCCCACGUACAUGGGGCGAUAUACCGAGAGAGGGGACUACUUACAGCAGAGGGCAAAAACAUAAAAAAUAAAAACGAAAUAAUAGCCCUACUAAAAGCCAUAUGGGCCCCAAAGAAACUGGCUAUUGUUCAUUGCCCAGGGCACCAAAAAGUAACUGAUCCCAUCUCGAGGGGGAAUAACACAGCUGAUCCAGCAGCCCGACAGGCAGCACAACAGCCAGAUCUAGCUUGGAUACGCGGACUCCCAAAUACCCAAACCAAAACGAGUCAUGGAAAUUGGCAAUGGGACUCCAAAGGACACCUCAUAUUACCUAAAGAGUUAGGACGACAAAUUCUGACCAAAAUACAUUCAACCACCCACAUGGGGUCACGAAGGUUACAGGACUUAGUCUGGCUCCAAAAAAUUACUUUCAAAGACAAAUUCAAAGAGAUAGAGAAGAUGACUUCAACCUGCUCAGCGUGUCAACUGCAAAACGCCUACCCUCACCCUACAUCCGAAGGGGCCCAUGAAAGGGGGGCUAUACCAGGGGCAUACUGGGAGGUAGACUUCACAGAAGUAAAACCUACAAAAUAUGGUUACAAAUACUUACUGGUGUUCAUAGAUACUUUUUCAGGAUGGACAGAGGCGUUUCCUGCUAAGAACGAGACUGCACAGGUAGUAGCGAAGAAAUUAUUAGAAGAAAUUCUACCAAGGUAUGGAUUUCCUGCAAUGAUAGGGUCAGAUAACGGACGUGCUUUUGUUUCCAAAGUAAGUCAGGGAUUGGCUUCCAUACUUGGGGCAGAUUGGAAAUUACAAUGUGCAUAUAGGCCCCAAAGCUCAGGACAGGUUGAGAGAAUGAAUCGGACUCUAAAGGAGACCCUGACCAAAUUGACCAUGGAGACUGGCACUAAUUGGGUAGUCUUACUCCCCUACGCUCUGUAUAGGGUACAAAACUCCCCUUACAAGUUAGGCUUCACCCUCUAUGAGAUCAUGUUUGGUAGACCUACGCCUGUCAUACCCGACCUCAAAUCUAACCUAAUCCAGGCCGACCGAGAUUAUAAUUUUCUGUUAUCUCUUAAAGCUUUAGAGCAAGCCCACAAAGAGAUUUGGCCUCAUCUAAAGGAACUAUAUAAAACCAGGCCCCCACCGGAGCCUCAUCCCUUCCAGCCGGGAGACUGGGUCCUCAUCAGACGACAUCGCCAAGAGACUCUCGAACCCCGGUGGAAGGGACCAUACCAGGUCAUCCUGACAACCCCCACGGCCAUCAAAGUCGACAACGUCCCCGCCUGGAUUCAUCACACUCACGCCAAACCUGUCAACCCAGUGGAUUUCAGCAUCAAAGAGGACGUUGCUUGGACUGUCGACCUCGACAAGGACAAUCCCCUAAAACUGACCCUGCGCCAAAAAGCAGCUAAGUUAUAACCAUGAGGCUCACCAUACUUACUCUUGUUCUCACCUUACACAUCUUAACUGUAAACUCUAACCCACACCAGCCCUUUAAUCUCACCUGGGCAAUUAUAGAUACCGCCUCCGGAGACACCUUAAUACAAUAUACCUCGAUAGGUCCCAAAAAUACCUGGUUCCCUGAUCUAACUCUUGACCUACAGGAUUUACCAUUAAGAUCUAGAAACCCGGCUGAACGUAGAGAACAAUGAUUCUAUGUAUGCCCGGGACAUAAAAACACCCGACAGGGCUUGGAGACAAGAAUGUGGGGGGGCUGAUUACUACUUUUGUGCAGCAUGGUCAUGCGUUAGCACUGGAGAUAUUUGGUGGUCUGCACCAGUUAAAGAUGACCUUAUUACCGUUCGCAGAGCAGACCAAAGACCUACGAGUGGUCGUAGCCGAUGUACCGGAAAAAAAUGCAAUCCCAUAAUCAUUGCAUUUACCGAGAAGGGAAAAACUGAUACCCGUUGGGAAACUGGCCACUCAUGGGGACUACGAAUGCACACUCCAUGGCACUGGUGGCUAUCCGCUACCCUCUUCACCAUACGACUUAUUGUACGCCCUAUUACCAUUGCCAGUAUUGGUCCCAACCAGGUAAUACAUGAAAUACAUAAACCUAAAGAGACACCCACUCAAAUUCCACAACAAAACAACAGUGCUCACUCCCCUGAGGCCCCCAGUGUUUCCUCCAGACAAGAUACCAUGACAAACCCCUUAUGGAACCUACUAACAGCUACCUAUACAACCCUGAACCUGACUAACCCUAAUGCGACUAACGCUUGCUGGUUAUGCUACAAUAUAAGACCCCCUUUCUAUGAAGCCAUAGGACUCACGGCCUCAUUUAAUCUAUCCUACGAGAGAACCCCUGUAGCCUGUAAAUGGGAUCGAAAGGGACCAGGGCUCACUUUUCAAGUAGUCUCAGGUAAAGGAACCUGCAUAGGAGACUUCCUUACUACUCGACCCCAAGUCUGCACCCCUUCCAACCAGACUAUAACCCAAGCUAAUUGGAUAAUCCCACCUCCCAACGGAUGGUGGAUCUGUUCCAAAACGGGGCUCACCCCAUGUGUAAACUGGAACAUUUUUGAUGCGACCACAGAGUAUUGUAUUAUGGUAUUGGUGCUCCCUCGAGUCAUUUACCGUGAGGGAAAUGACAUAUACAACAUAUAUGAGUUAUGGACGGGAGAGUCAUCAAUUGAACAAAUAACCAGGACCAAACGGGAACCUUUCACAGCUAUAACCUUGGCCACACUGUUUGGUCUAGGUGUAAUAGGGACAGGGACCGGAAUCUCCUCUUUGGCUGUCCAACAUCAAGGGUUCACCAACCUCAGGACUGCCAUCGACGAGGACAUAGCCAGAAUAGAAGAGCCCAUCACCCAUCUAGAAAAAUCUCUUACCUCCCUAUCUGAAGUUGUCCUGCAGAACAGAAGAGGGUUAGAUCUGCUUUUUCUCCAGCAGGGAGGUCUAUGUGCAGCCUUAAAAGAAGAAUGUUGUUUUUAUGCUGACCACACCGGGGUAGUUCGAGACUCUAUGGCUAAAGUCAGAGAAGGGUUAGCAAAACGAAAACGGGAGCGAGAACAACAACAGGGGUGGUUCGAGUCUUGGUUCACCCAAUCCCCUUGGUUAACAGCCUUACUUUCAGCGAUCGCAGGACCCCUAUUGCUGUUACUCCUUCUCCUAACCUUGGGACCUUGCAUCCUCACCAGGCUCAUAACCUUCAUUCGUGGUCAACUCAACAACAUCUCCAUUAUGGUCCUCAAAACCAAAUACCAUCCAGUAAACCAUGAACAAAUUUAGGGAUCCAAGAUUGGACCCCCGGUACUAGAGAUAGGGGGGAAUGAGGGGACCAAAAACCCAGGAGAAAAAAAAAAAACAAAAAAACCCUCUAAUCUGAUGCAAUAGCCAGAGCCUGUCGCUGUAACCCCCGCCCAUUCUGCUUCUGUAAUGACGCUUGGGGCGGGACCCAAUCAAUUGGCUCCACAUGCUCAGACUUAUACUUCCGACCAAUGUCCAUUCUAUAGCUGUGAAACCCCCAGAACUUGUUUGCAUCUGCCUAUAAAGGAAAUGUAAAUCGCCAGCACGGGGCUCUCUGGUUCUCUCCCUCUACUAGCUGGGAGUGGGCAGAGGCCCAGGUUCGAACCUGCAAUAAACGACCCUUGCUUUUUGGCUUUGA